ACAUACAUACGUACCAACAUACCUAAUGAACAAUUUGGCGGCAUUGUUCUUUCUAGGUUAUGCCUGUUUAUUAACAUUAGUAUAUGAGCAAUGUAACGUAGAAAGUUUCGAUAAGAUCUUAAGAAUGCUGUGUUAGUACAUAGUUCCCCUAUACCAGCUGGAACACCAGUUGUAAAAGGAUAUGACUGGAACAAGGGAAUUGAUUAUCAUGCUCUAUUUGAAACAUAUACACAUUCUGGAUUUCAAGCAAGAAAUUUUGGUUUAGCAGUAGAAGAAGUUCAACAAAUGAUUGAUGCUAGAAAUAUUCCUCUUAAAGAUGAUCAAAUGGAUAUUUUAGAAGAUGAUGAUUUUAUAAAAAGAAAAUCUUCCUGUACGAUAUUUUUAGGAUAUACAUCUAACAUGGCCUCUUGUGGGAUUCGAGACACCAUAAGGUUUCUUGUGCAACACAGUAUGGUUGAUUGUAUCGUUACUACAGCAGGUGGUGUAGAAGAAGAUCUAAUAAAAUGUUUAGCACCAACAUACAUAGGAGACUUUCAUUUAGAAGGGAAACAUCUUAGACAACAUGGUCUUAAUAGAAUAGGAAACUUAUUAGUACCAAAUGAUAAUUACUGCAAGUUUGAGGAUUGGGUUAUGCCUAAAUUAGAUGCAAUGUUAGCUGAACAGAAAGAAAAAGGUACUCUUUGGACACCAUCUAAAGUGAUAGCAAAACUUGGGGAAGAAAUUAAUAACGAAGAAUCCAUUUAUUACUGGGCUGCAAGAAAUAAAAUUCCCGUUUUUAGUCCAGCUCUAACUGAUGGCAGCCUUGGCGAUAUGAUGUACUUUCACUCUUUUAGAAAUCCAGGCUUAGUUAUAGACAUAGUGUCAGAUCUUAGACGAUUGAAUACAAUGGCUAUGAAAGCAGUAAAAAGUGGAAUGAUUAUUAUCGGCGGCGGUGUUGUAAAACAUCACAUCUGUAAUGCAAAUCUAAUGAGAAACGGUGCCGACUAUUCUGUGUUCAUAAAUACAGCGUCCGAAUUCGAUGGUAGCGAUAGUGGUGCUCGUCCAGAUGAAGCCGUCUCCUGGGGUAAAAUUCGAGUAGAUGCAAAACCAGUGAAGAUUUACGCAGAAGCGACUUUAGUGUUUCCAUUGCUUGUUGGAGAAACAUUUGCUCGCUAUUAUCAUUCCUCCAAAAAAAAUACUGUAUCAAAUACCUGAAUAAAAUAUAUUAUUAUAACCAA